AUGGCACCCAGUCCACUUUGGUUACUCCUCGACUUGUUGAAGGACCCAGACACGUCCAACAAGAUUGUCUUGCAAAUGGCUUGGUCUCAAGUCAAAGCCAUUGGUAUUGGGAAAGUCUUGGCUGCUUUGUUAAGUGCAUUGACCGUUGGUGUUUCGUCAUUUAUUAGAAUCCCCCAAAUUCGUAAAUUGUUAAUCAAAUCAGAAGUUGAUCGUGUUGGGGUUGCCAAUGGUUUGUCAUUACAGAGUUUGACAAUCGACACCUUGAACAGUUUGGUUAAUGUAUCAUUCAAUUCCAAUAACAACAUACCAUUUAUCAAUUAUGGAGAGAGUUUGCUUUUGGGUAUACAAAAUGCCAUUAUUAUCUUGUUGACCAAAUAUUACAGAUUGAGAGGGAAUGAAGAGAUUGAAAAUGUGGGCAAGUUGCCAUUGUCUGAAGCAAUUAAAGAAUUGGCUGAUGGUUUGGCUCAACCACUUUUGAUUAUGGCAGGUGCCGUUAUCUUUUUCACCAAGAUUGCUCCAUCUAGCCUUGUCUCGGCCUUGCAAAUCUUGAACAUUCCAAUUUCUAUUAUUUCAAAGAUCCCACAAAUCAGAGCUAAUCACAGAUUACAAACUGUUAGCCAUUUGAGUGAUGUUGUUUUGAGAGCCAAUGUUCUCGGUUCAAUCAUUAGAGUGUACACCUCCUACACCGACUACUCAGCCAAGGCAAAGAGAAACAAAAACACUGUCGAUGAAAAGAUUUUGGUUGCGGGUUACACCACUUCAUUGAUUAUGAAUUCAAUUUUGUUGGGACAAUCUAUUGUUUAUGACAAGUUAGGUAAAGGAAAACACGUGAAGGACGAAGAAACCAAGAAGGACUAG